AUGCCGAAGGUCAACAGUUAUGCGCCUGCCUGGCUUUGCCGGCCGUCGCCUGGCGCAAAGUUCUUGUCUAGCUCAUCACAAAGUCCAGCGGAAGACUUGCAAGCUGGAUCUAAACCUGCGAGUAAUGGCGCUACGCGAACAAUCGCCAAGAGGGGGAAUGAAGUCUUUGCUGUUGUGGACAAUGAAAUCCGGUGGUCAAACCUUGCCAGACUCAAAGACCAAUGGCAACAACAGACUAAGCAGAAAAAGGGAUCUGCUGGUCAAGCUGAAGACGAAAUCGACCACACUCAGCUUCCUCCCUACAGGGUUUUAGCAGUGCCUGUGUACGGACUGAUCAGACAAAUCAUUCCCUCCCCGAACGGCGCCUUCCUUGCGAUAGUCACUGAACACACUGUUCACAUCUCUGUCCUCCCCGAUUCUUCACACCUUUCAUCCUCUGACUCCGAUUCCAUCCGGCUGAAGACAUACCAGUUAGGACCUACGACCCAUGUUAUUCCCGAGGCUCCGGUGGUGUCGGCGCUAUGGCAUCCACUCGGGCUGCAUAGCAAUCUAGGGGGUUGUAUUGUCACUGUCACAGCCGACGCUGCCGUACGUGUGUGGGAGUUGGACAGAAACAACCACUGGUCUUUCGACCAGCCAAGCCUGGCGAUCGAUCUGAAGAAGCUUGUCGAUGGUACCUCAUCUGAUCAGGACUUUGCGCCUUCUGGAUUCGGCAAGAACAAGGGAUUCUCUGCCGAUGCCAUUGAUAUGGAGGUUGCAUCGGCCUGUUUCGCCGGCAGCGGGAACGAGAAAGAAGAUGCAUGGGCACCUAUGACCUUGUGGGUGGCGAUGAGACCUGGUGAUCUCUAUGCGUUAUGUCCUCUUCUGCCCUCCAAGUGGCAAGCCCCCUCCACAACCAUUCCAUCACUUUCUGCGGCGAUCAUUCCGAAGCUUGGUGCUCUGGAAAACGAAGCCGAGGAAUCGGAGGAGGAACUUAUUGCUUGCCGGCAACAGUACGACUGGCUAUCAGAGCUUGAUGAACAAGAGCCUCUGGAUGCGCCUUCUAGAUCCGAAACAAUCCAAGGUGCAGAUGUGUUCACUCGCCCGGCCAACCCCAGCGCCAUCCCGAGAUUGCAAGGGCCUUUCCGCUUCGAUAAUGGUGAUGAGCUCGAUGAUCUUGACCUCUGUGAUCUUCUUGUCAUUGCUUCUAGUUUGAACGUUGAAGACCUCAUGAUGGGCGAGGAGGAAGAAUUAGCUGUGGAAGCUGGAAACCAAGAUAAGCUAUCCGCAACGGUUCUCUCUCUGACUAGUGGGAACGGCCGUGUUCACAUUUGUCUAGAGCUUGAUGGUGUUGAAGGGCAGUGGCUACCGAAAGCUAGAAAGAACGCAUUCCAAACUCCCUUGUCAGAGCCAUCUGAUUUGAUCUUGGUCGAAUCGCUGGAUACUAUUAAGAACGGCCAUGAAUCAACUUCAUGGCCCACAUUCACUAAGGAUGUCCAUUCUAGAUACUCAUUCUUUGUCACAACAGCCACUAACGUGGUGUCCUUGUCUCUGUCCGAUUGGAUACAGAGACUGGAAGCUGAAUUACAGGCUGAAGACACCGCAGGCUCCGCUUUCCGACUUCAAGUCCUAUGUGACGGAAAUGUGACCAAGCGAGAGAAAAUCCUGCAGGUUUCGGAUGCCGAUAUUACAAGCCAAACCGAGCAUCUUGCUGCAUCUCUUGUCUUCUAUGACUUUGAUCUUGGCUAUUUGCUUCUCACUUACCAUCCUUCCAAUACCUAUUCAGCUGUCAUGGAUGCACCGGAAGAUUCCCUGUCUGCGGCACUGGACAAGUCACUAUACGAGCCGAAGGCACCAGUGCCAGCCUUGCCGAUUCUGCCCCCGAGCCGGGCCCCUUAUCAAGUCCCCGCCAUUUUCUACGCCAAUUCUCCCCUGGAUUCGUUUGUCGAGAAGCAUGUCCCACACCGGCAACGCCAUACACUCAAAGAACAAGUGCGCCUGUCACCUGCGACGUUGGACCUUGUGGCCACGGCGCAUCGUGUGCUGUCUGCUCAUACAAAUGCUCUUGAGCGCGCUGCCUCUGAUCUUUUCCGCCGCUGUGAGCGACUUCAAGGCGAGAUGCAAGACCAAUUGAAGCAGCUCGCAGAUGUCGCAGAACGUGUCAAGGGUGUCACAAGUGAGAUUGGGGAAGAUGGAUGCCGCAAGGAGGGAGUUCGAAAUGGAGAAGCGCUGGAUAAGAGAUUACAAGCUGCCCAGGAUAAGCAAAAUGAGCUCAAUCGACGAUAUGAGGCAUUGCGUACGAAGGUUUUGAACUCGGGAGGUCGACCUCUCAGUGAAAGGGAAAUGACUUGGGUGACCGAAGUAAAAACUUUGUCUGCAUCCUUGCGGCAGGAUGGAGACCAAGAGGAGGAACAGCCACUGAUCUCACGAUUGGACACUGUCAAACGUCUUGCUCUGGACCUUAUCUCCCAAACCAAGUCCAUCGCGGGCAAAAUGCCUUCUCCAGAAAUUGGAAGUCCUUCCACUCCUGGAAGUCUGACUAAGGUGCCGCAACGACUACAACGCGCCAAGGUUGCAGACGCGAUGAGGAUGGUCGAACGAGAGUCUGCUGUCAUUGAUGCAAUUACCUCGCGCUUGGAACGACUGAACACAAGUCUGUGA